AUGGAUGCACUAAUAUUAAAUGCUGGACAUUCGCAACUGGAAGAACAGCUAAAAAUCGCAGCAGCUUGCGGUGUCGCAGAACGACAGCACGGAUCCAGAUCUAAUGAUAUUACCGCGGUGAUAGCAACAGAAGAUAACGAUGAGAUCAUAGCAAUGGAAGACAAUAAUGAAGGUAUUGUGGAAAAUUCAAUGGCAUCUCCAUCGUCAGAGCACGAUAGCUCAACGAGUUUACCAUCACCUCCAAAACAAGCACUGAUGGAUGAUGAUUUUGUUAAAACUCUCGAGCAACUUUCGAAACAACAGAGUUCACGAGUACUAAGCACUGCAGAACAAGGCAUUACUCCUCAGCAUGGUAAUUUCAGAACUGUACUGAAAAGACCUGAUUUAAAAGGAACUUUCCGGUGUUCGAUAUGCCAAAAAAUAUUUUGCCAUUCAUCGUCGCUAAGUCGUCAUCGAAUGCAAGCACAUUUUAAAAGUUACACAUGUACGCUAUGCAGAAAGGAAAUUACAAGUUUGUGUCUUCUUAUUUAA